AGACCCUUUCUUGUCUCGUUCAACUAUAACAACCUUUAUCAAUCUAAUUAACCCAAUGAUUUUCGAAAGGAGUUAGUUAUGUCUUCUGUACAGUCUAGUGCACUGAUCCUAAUAUUAUUAACGACUUGCUGCACUUUUUCAGACUGCUAUGAUCCUCUGGAUCCCAAUGGAAGUAUUACUGUUACCUUCGAUAUCCAUGAAUGGAGAACUGAUGGAUAUUUGGCUAGGGUCAAAAUCCAAAACUACUAUCAGUACAGGCAUGUUGACAAACCAGGAUGGAACAUGGGGUGGGCUUGGACUAAGAAUGAGAUCAUCUGGUCAAUGUCUGGUGCAUUUGCCACCGCUCAAGGGGAUUGCUCCGCCUUCAAAUAUCAAACCCCACACUCUUGCCAGCCAAAACCUGUCAUUGCUGAUCUUAUGCCAGACGCCUUGCCUGCGAACAAGUCCGAGGACUGCUGCCAUGGAGGCCUUCUUUCAGCCUGGGCUAUUGAUCCUUCCAAGUCGUUCUCUUCCUUCGAAAUUACUGUUGGCAACUUGGAUAUAAGUGCAACUGUACCUCCUCCAGCUAAUCUGACCUUAUCCGCACCAGGUCCUGGUUACACUUGUGGUCCUGUAACGGAGACUGAUCCCACGCAGUCGUCAGAUAUUGGGGGUAGAAGAAAAGUUCAGGUUUACAAAACAUGGAAAUCAACAUGCACAUACUCUAGUUUCUUGGCAAACAAAAAGCCUGUUUGUUGUGUUUCACUCUCAGCCUUCUACAAUCAUAAGGUCACAACAUGCCCUGAAUGUAGCUGUGGAUGCAAAGAGACGAACCGAAAUACAGUUCCAUGUAUAAGUGAAGGUUCCUCCUCAUCAUUGUCAAAUUUGAAUAGUCUAGACGUGGUUCAAUGCACAGAUCAUAUGUGCCCAGUUAGAGUUCAUUGGCAUGUUAAGAACAACUAUAUGAGUCAUUGGAGGGUGAAACUUACAGUCUCUAACUACAAUUAUAAGAGAAACUACUCAGACUGGAACGUAUUAGUACAGCAUCCUGGUUUCAGCCAGAAAGCAAUUACAUAUAGCUUCAACAGCACAACUCUUCCCACGGUUGGUUUUACAGAUAACGUUGCCUUGUUCUGGGGCUUACAGUUCUACAAUAACGAGUUGUUACAAGCUAAUGAAGGGGAACUUGGCUCAGUGACAACAGAUAUACUUCUGGAAAAGGAUUUGAGCACUUUCACCUUAAGCAACGGAUGGGCCUUGCCACGACGAAUAUAUUUCAGUGGCGAGGAGUGUGAGAUGCCUCUUCCAGACACCUUCCCAGUGCAACCAAAUAUUAGCUACUGCAUAAAACCCCCUCAUUAUCUUCUCCUUCUCAUCCUGGUUUAUUUGACUUGCAAGAUACUAAUAACUUGGCUUUGA